GCAUUAUCCAGAUGCAGGGCGUCAACAAAUGGUACGGCCAGUUCCAUGUGUUGAAAGACAUCAACCUCAACGUCAAGCAGGGCGAGCGUAUCGUGCUGUGCGGCCCGUCGGGUUCCGGCAAGUCCACCACCAUCCGCUGCCUCAACCGCCUGGAAGAGCACCAGCAGGGCCGCAUCGUGGUCGAUGGCGUGGAGCUGACCAACGACCUCAAGCAGAUCGAAGCAAUCCGCCGCGAAGUCGGCAUGGUGUUCCAGCACUUCAACCUGUUCCCGCACCUGACCAUCCUGCAGAACUGCACGCUGGCGCCGAUGUGGGUGCGCAAGAUGCCCAAGCGCAAGGCCGAAGAAAUCGCCAUGCACUACCUGGAGCGCGUGCGCAUCCCGGAGCAGGCCCACAAGUUUCCGGGGCAGUUGUCCGGCGGCCAGCAACAGCGUGUGGCGAUUGCCCGGGCACUGUGCAUGAAACCGAAAAUCAUGCUGUUCGAUGAGCCGACUUCGGCACUGGACCCAGAGAUGGUGAAAGAAGUACUCGACACCAUGAUCGGCCUGGCCGAAGACGGCAUGACCAUGCUCUGCGUAACCCACGAAAUGGGCUUUGCCCGCACCGUGGCCAACCGCGUGAUCUUCAUGGACAAAGGCGAAAUCGUGGAACAAGCGGCACCGAAUGACUUCUUCGACAACCCGCAGAAUGAUCGAACCAAGUUGUUCUUGAGCCAGAUUCUGCAUUGAUCCUGCGGUAAUGCUUGAAGAUAAACC